UGCUGCAUCUUAUUUAUCUGCCAUGGAACACAGAAGAUGAAAAGGAAUGAACCAGUAAAGCAAGGACUAUCUUGGGGUCUGACUUAAUGACUAAAAUCCUGGAAAAUUAGAUUGUUUCACAGUUACAGGUCACUCAAAGCAAAAUAUUUCACAUCUGAGAUUAAUAUUGUGUCCUUCAAUUUCUUGCUGCUGGGUUUGUGCCCCAGGGGCUGCUGUACAAAAAAUAAAAUAAAUAAAAACAGACACAAAGGAAAACUCAGAGCAAGCUACAAAAUGUUUUUGUACAGAGAGAGCACUAAGAAUACUUAGUGGUGUGUGGGAGGGUGUGAAAGGAAAGAAACAAGAAAUACAACAAUUACAGAGUCUAAUUAUCUUAAAUUAGACACUCAAAAUCAAUGAAUAAUUCUGGUUUGUCUUCUCCCACUUUUGCAGUUUACAAAACAAAGUAACACCUUGGCACAAACAUACACACACCAAGAGCAGCAGGAAGAGAGUACUUUGAACUAAUUAAUAAAUUAUACAGACACUGCAGUACAGAGAGUUAAUUUAAAAAAGAAGUUAUUAGACUCUUAGUUCUUUUUUAAAAGCACAAAAUAAGAAAGUGUUGGAGCACACAAUAAUACAGAAAAUUAGUAUUGCCUACAUGUUCUGAAAAAAUAAAACAUUGAGGAAAAAUAGAGAGAGCUCUUAUAGUAAAGGGCUUUGUCAGAACAUAGACAGAGUUGGGCUGACUUUGAGCUACAUUAGGAAAAAGCAGAAUUUGAGCAGGACUUCACAACCUUGAGAAUGUCCUUCCUAGUAUAAUUUUGGUAGCUGAUCAUGUGAACAGUAUGUGGACAUGUUUGUACAUAAACACCAUGUUAAGAUAUUUCAGACGUGGGAAAAACUUUAUCAUUCUAUUAUUAUAAUUAUUAUUAUUUUGAAAAUGUAGUCAGGAGUUUCUUUCAAGAUCUAUGUUCAUAUGAAGAGUCAACAAAUUAUUACUAGACUGAUAUUCAACUUAUACAUUUGUUGUUUCAAUUUAAAGUAACAAGAAAAUGCAAAAAAAAGCCAUUGCUUCAUGAGUUAGAACUCUCUUGUAUUUCUGUAAAAAGAUUAAUUUUUAGUUAUAUUAUAUGCACAAAGACACCAGUGGAAAUUUGAAGCAUUUCUGUACUUUUGAAAUCGGUCAUUUAAGAAUAGGCAGUUUCUAGCUAAUUUUAAGACAUUCGGCACUUAAAGAAACAAAUAAAUACUUCUUAUUUUUAAUAUACUAAAUUAAAUAUUUUGUUUUAACUCCUCACAAAACACACAUAUACACAAAUCCAUCCAUUCUUUCUUUGGGACAGAUUCUGAUACCUUUCUGAAUCACACCUAUUUAAGUUCUCAUCGAACAAAUUUCUUUCUUGUACGACGGUAAAAGAAGAUUAUUGCUGAAUCUGGCUGCCUGUUCUUUAAAUUUUAUUGAUGCAGGGUCAAGCCUUACCAUCAAUGCUUAAGGAAAUUCCAUUAUUUAAACAUUUGGCUGUCAAUAAACAUGAGUUUUCAGUGGUGCUGGUGCCGGUUGUCGCGGAGGGCUGGCGGCACUCGCUCUCCCAGUCAGCCUGCACUGAGGUGCAGAUCGAGGUGCUGCUCUUGUUGGUAACACACAAACACAAAGUCUCAGUGGUGAUAUCACCUCAGCAGCAACAGGAAAAGAGAAGUGGCCCAAAUCUGGGAUUUUCAGCGCGCUCUGUGGUAUGUGGUGGCCGCACAUAUUCCAUAUAUAGAAGGAAAGCGUGCACAAUGCUUGUCCUGAAAGUCCAUUUAGCUUCAUUCUUGACUCUUCACCAAAAACUCAUCUCAAAACCUGUCGUUUCCCCAGUAAAAGGCAAUUUCCUUACAGAAAUCUUCUAACUGAGCAAAGUUUAGAGCAGUUUUGGGAUUGUUUCCCAUCUCUGUAAAUCUGACCAUAGGGGUCUCUUGAAAGAGAAUUGCUAAGAAUUUCCAACUGGACUAUGUAAUCACAGCGCCUGGUAUCAAGAGGAGGGGGAGUGACAUGAAAUCACUGACUUGUGACAUACAUUCCUCAGCACCAGCAGCUGCUGCCUAAUGACAGCUAAUAAAGGGAAUCUUCCCUUGACAGAGCUGCAUGCCUACAGUGGGACUGGAAUGUGCCCAAGAUAAACCCACUGAUAACCUAGGAAGUAGGGAUCACCCAAAGAGUAUAAAAGACAAGCUUCAGCUGAGAGACAACAGGACAAGGAACAGAGAGACCUGAAGGGACAUCUCAGAAGAAACAGCUUGAACUUCCCUACUCCCAACGAAGUCAGCGCCAUGGACACUAAAGGCUCAUUUUUCUAUGGCUUCCUCUUGCUGCUGCUCAUCCAGCUCCAGCCCAGCAGAGCCAACCCAAUCUACAGCCUCAGCCCUGCCAAAGAACUGGCCAGCAUGGAGGCUCUGCUGGAGAGGCUGGAGGAUAAGUUUGCAAUGAUUGAAGCCCUGGAGUCCAAUCCUGACCUGCAACAACCCAAAAUCCAGGAGGAGAUCCCGUCAGAACUCGCUGAUGACAGUGACAACCAGAAGGCUGAAGCCAGGCUUGCCCCCAACACCCCUCUGUCCUACAGGGACCCCUUCCUCAAGAGACUGAGGGGGCUGCAAAUGCCCAGGAUGAUGAGAGAUUCUGGCUGUUUUGGGAGGAGGAUUGAUCGGAUCGGCUCCCUGAGCGGGAUGGGGUGCAAUGGUGAGUCCUGGUUAAAGCAUUUCCCAGAUUCUGUCUGUGCCCUGGCACAGGGACACAGCAGCUUCUCAAUUAAGUAUUUUUAAAGACACAGCUUAAGAAUGGAAUUAAUUUGAGCCUAGUAUUUAAGUUACUAAUGGUUUUCCAAAAGCACUGCUAACAAUGGUGACAUGUACCAAGACAAAACCAGGUUUUAGUGACAUUUAUUUCAUGUUUGGUUUGCAGGUUCCCGGAGAAAUUAGGAUCAACCUCCCUAUUCCCUGCUCUGAAGAAUGCUUUACAGAACCCCUUCCUCCCAAGAUGAAAGACAGAUGCUUUCUAAGCUUCUCAACAGAAAGUUAUUCCUAUUUUUAUUUAUUUAUUUAUUUAUUUAUUUGAUGUUUUUUUAAAGAACAUUUCUUAUGCUAGCACUGACAGACCAUCUUUAAAUAAAACUAACACAUUAGACAUCCGUGCUGGACCUCUCUCCUGUCUGUUGCAUUAAAUUUUCUUAUAUUUGCCUAAAGUCAAAAUCUUAAGUUUUAUUGACAUUCUGGUACCCACAAGCCUGCAUCUUAUUUACAUGAGACAGAGAAAGCAUGAACUUGGUAAAAAUGAAAAUGAGUUUUUGACUAGAGGCUUUUCCUCUGCAGUAACAGGCUAGCAGGGAAAAAAAAUACUUGUGUAACAUCGAAAGACCAUCAUGAAUUCUCCUAUAGACAGGGUUUCAGUAGUAAGAGAGUCCUUUUGCUGGUUUAGAUUAUUCACUCAUGGGAACUGCCACAAAUGCCUCAUGUAAGCAAAAGUCACAUGAAAAGAAAUAAAUAAAAUAACACUCCACAAGUUUCAAGAUAACCAGAGGGAGGAAAGGGAAUUCAUUGUAUAUGUUUUCUCACAGUGACCAAAUAAAGGUUACGAGCAUCAACACAAAGAUACAUCAUGAGCUGUGUCUUGUCUCACUGUGCACGGGGCUGACAUGCUGACUCCCACAAUUUCUUAAAGGAUCCUCAAAGGGUUUGAAUAUUAUCAUGAUAUUCCUCAUGAGAGGGUAGGUGGGAUCACUCACCUGCACAGCAGCUUGUAUGGAACAUUUUUCACUUUGUGGGAAUGGCCCCUCCUGAAGCUGUUCUAACAUGGCUAAUGGGAACACUGGAAGUCUGAUUAAGAUUUAGUCAACCUUCAUUGCUAAAUUUCACACCUAGGAGCUGAAUGACAUAUUCUAGCACCCCACCAAAGAAGGCAAUAUUGCCAAAAUCACAUUCAGUCAGCAUCCCAAGAGACAAAGAGCUUGGAUUCUCAUGUGAGCCCCAGCAAUGGCACCAAGCCCAGCUCAACACAACUGUCCUGUGACUGACUGCACGUACUGCUAGCAACUGUGUUAUUUUGAGCACCUCAUGAGUCUCAUUCCCAGAAUCUCAGUGCAUUCCCAGUCUCAUUCCCAUGCACCUGAGUACCCUGAGGAGUUUUUUGAGGGUUUGACAAGGCAGCACCAGGACAGACUCAGGUGGAACAGUCCAAUUCUGAUUUUGCUUAUGCAAAUGCACAAUGGGACAGAAAUGCUACCUGGUGAGGAUCAGGUACUGGAAGGCAGGUGUUCCAGAGCUGCUGACAGCACCUCUCAGGGACCACAGCUCCAGGGAAAGGGUAAAUUCAAGUGCACACUCCUCCUGUACAGGGCCAGUCACAGCUAAGGCUGCUGCAACACUUUAAUAGGGCUCAUGUCACAUAUCACAUCUCUGACAAGUCACUCCCUGCACUGCUGACACGGCCUCCAAGAGGGAUCUGUGUGCUCCUCUCCACACAGGGCCUUGUGAUUCUUUCCCAGGGAAGAAUGGCAGAAGUCCUAUCUGAGGGAAUAAUUUCAUUACAAUCCAACAGAAAACCACAGACAGUGUGAUACAAAUCCUCUCCUUCCAGCAUCAGCUACAGAUAAAAUACUUUGUGGAAUAGUGUCCACACGGGUUUCUCUGACAGAAGAAUAAAUUCCCAGGUUAAGACUCCUAGAAGCAUCCAUGGGACAUCCCUGCAGUGAAAGUUACAGUGACUUUGCAUUUACUCAAUUUCACAGAUCAGGGGGGUGUGAAGUCACCCUUUGGGGAGCCCUUGUGGGGACAAUGGGGCUUUAUCUUCUAAAAAGGCUUCCCAAAGACACUGCAGCACGAUGGGAACAUGCUGGAUGCCUCCACACCAGCAACAGGCAACAGCCUGACUUCCUCUGUGCUACUGAAAGUAAAAACAAUUCAUGUACUCUAACAAUAGCUUUUGCUGGAGCUGAAUUUUACCCAGUCAAGCACAACUUGCACAGACACUGUAAAUUGUCCCUCCCUGUCAGCCCCUCAAGGCACAAAACACUGAUUAGUUCAGUGGAAUGUGCUAAAUAUGGCAAGAAGAGGCAAUGCUGCCUGACCUAAAGUCAGGUGGGUCCAGUAUUAGCAGCAAGCCAGUUCCUGGUGGAACAAGUCUGUAUUGGCUUGCAGACAGUAUGUUAAUAGACCCUUCAGUCUGGGAGAACCUAAUUGAGGGGGAGCAAUCGAGGAAAAAAGCAUCUCUGACUGGAUUUUUACUGCUACUCCCAUACACACACAGAGCUGUAAAGCACCUUCAGGGAAAUCUCACAGUCAGGUCAGGAGUAAGCACUGGGAAAAGCUGAAUGGGAGAAACUCGACACUGAUCAGCUCUACAGGCAAAGAACAUCACCCACAAGGAUGAAAAAAGGCUACCACUGUUGUUGUGAGAGCUGGAUCAGAGAGAGCACUCUUGGGAACAGCCAUCACGUAAAUGAAAAAAUAUCCCAGUGGGACCAGAGAAGGACCAGGCUAAACCCCCCCCCCCCCCACAGCCAUAAGGACAUUUGCCACCUCCUGCCCUGCCAGACUUCAUUCCAACUUCCUAACAGCAUUUGGCAGUACCCAUGACUGGCUGUGCUUAAUUCAGCAGUUUGCUUUCCUUUGGACACACAGUAAUUCCAUUAGUGUGCUCCAUGCACUCUGCAAGGCAUGAGCCUGGUUUGGAAUAGGGGGAUGCUUGCAAUGGGGUAUAUUUACAAAUUACAUUUGAUGGUUUCUUUGCCAGACACUGCACUAUUCCUAUCCAGCUUCCCACUAAAUGAAAUCCAAGUUGGCAGGCAAGAAUGCCAAGAGGAGCUGUCAGCACUGCUUGGUUUCUCUAGGAAAUUGUAUGUGAAGUACAGGGCACACACCCUCCCUGCUGCAGGCAGAUGUGGAGCUGUGCCAGCACACAUCCCAGUCUGGCUGCAGCCAGCUUGCUUGAUUUACUUCCCCUGAAUCUCAGCCCCCAAAGGCCUUUGCUGAUUGACAUCUGCUUGCUAAGUGUGUCCCACACUUUUAUGUGGGAAGGAAGAAAGGAAGAUUUGUAAGACUUUCACCCUUUAUUACCAUCUCCUGACUGCUCUCUUGGAAAACCAGCACAGUCCUGUACAUUAGAAGCAGAGUGGGGAGGAGGUGAAGUUCAUGAAAACAGGAGGUGGUGGGAAGGCAGCUAGAGUCAAGCCUGCUUUGCUGGGAAUUGGGAGGACAGAAAAGAAAGAUAAAACUGGUGUGUUAAUUCAGCCAUCCCAGAGAGAUAUUCUCUAGUACAGGCAUCAAAGAGCUGCUGGGGGAGUCAAUAAAGAUCUCAAGGUUCUCAUGUCUUAUCUGUUAGUCAUCAGUUUUCUGUAUCAGUAUUGUUUUCUAUUUAAACUGGUAAAUAUGGGUUGCAGUCUCUGCUCCAAAACGCUUGAAGGAUCAGUAAGAUGUGUUUUAAACGGUUUAACACACAUCUUACUGAUCCUUGAAGCAUACAAACCCAUACUGCAAUUGAAAAAGCCUGGAGAAAGGGACAUCCUACCCACUUUUAAACUAUGAUCUCAAAGUCCAAACCUCAUCUGACUCCCCUCUCUUCCCAGAGAGCAGUGGAGCUCACUUACAUCUCAUCUCAGCUCCCAAUGAGCCUUUGCAGACACUGCAAUUCAACAGUGGGUGCAGAGGAGACUGAAUGUAUCCCACUGCCACUGAAAAGCCCUUCAGCACCCUGGACAAGAAGAGCAGCUUCACUCUCUCCUUACACCCCUUCAAAGCUCUGGGCAGUCAUCCUCUGUUCCUUCCAGUGCAUGCUGCAUGAUCCACAACUGGGAAUGCACACACACUGAAGAAGCAGCCUGUAUCCUGCUAGCAAAACAAAAAUAAAAAUAAUAAUAAUCUCACUGAACACCACUAAUUUUUUUCUGCUGGAGCCCCAGUGUGUCGUUACAGGGACAAUGACACAUGGUUGGAUUCAACAAGUCUAUAAACCAAAGAGUUUAUAGGAUUCUAAGAGCCUACAAACCUCUCCUAUUCCCUCCUAAAUUCCUGCAUUUAGAACCAAAGGCAGCACAGAGCUGAAGCAGAGCUCCCCCAGUCCUUUCCCCUGAUAACUCCUUCCUAUUCCUUGCUAAGUUAGGACCUCUGUGGCCCUUCUUUAGCUCCUCAAUCACUUUAGUUCCUCAAUCCUCAACCUCCCAAGAGAUGUUUUUACCUAUCUCAGGCUUUCCCUGGCAUCACACACCCAACAAGGGAGAGCCAGAGGGAAGGAGCCAGACUGGCUAACUCUGUGUUAGAGUGCCUCAGAGAGCUGCUAUGUGCAUCCUGUACUACACAACCCCCUGAUGCAUACAAACAUGGAAGGACAGUGAGCUUUUUGGGUCAGAUAUUUCUACAGUGCUCAAAGACUCUACUUAUAUUUUUGGCCUGUAAAGCAUGUGAUAAAAGCUCAAAAAUUGUCACAAAUUCUUUUCUGUAAGGCAGACAGCAUGACAAAGUAGAAAAGAUAGCCACAAAUUAAAUAAACUUUAAAGAUGAAAUUAAGAUCUUUCACACCCUGGAGAAGCCAACUAUAAAACAAGAGGUGCCACACUGUAGUCUAAACCCCUUUCAUUAACUUACUGGGAGGAAGGUGAGCUCUCAGGUAAGAAAAGUAGCACUGUGCACAAUUUAGCUCCUUAUUAAACAUGGCAAUUCCCUCCUUUGAACCAGCCAUUGUGACAAUGUGGAACUACAGUGGUCACAGCCUAAUGGAGCAGUCAUUCCUUCUGCCUAGCCUAAGAGCAUAUUCUGCAUAAACUGUUAGAUCCACACAUAAAUAACAUAAUAAACAGUUCCAGCUCAUAAAUAGCAACUGCUCAACUCCCUCAAAUCAUGCUCUUGGAUGUUGCUAUGUUCUACUAGUUUUAUUAUCAUAAAAGGCAAAAAUAAAACAAUACUAGAAACAUCAAAAGACCUUGAAAGUGCUGCAGGAGACACACAAACAUUUUACUCUCAGACAUGUUACAGCUACAUGAAUACUUCCCAAGUGCCAUAGUUCAAAUAAAAAUAUAUUCAUACAAAUUUAAAAAAAAAAAUACAAUUUAUAUACACACACACCAUGGAAUUAGCUUACAUCAUUUCAUAACAAAAAACAGUGCAAAGAAAAAAACAAAUGGAAAGGUAAGUUGCUACCACUGGAAUUGUUCACAGUACAUAAUUAAGAAUUGAAAACUGCAUAAUUAACACUGCACAGGAAACCACAGGGCAAGGGAGAAGGCCCCAGACUAACCCCCAACCUUGCCACCAGAACUAACCCAGUUCUGGGUUAUUUUUCCUUUAGUGUUGCUCUGUUAAAAUAUUACAGGCACCUGUGUUAGAGUAAGUUUCUUGGUAAAUCACCUAGCAACCAGAGCCAGGGGAAAAGCAGAGUGUUGGAAGAAAGGAAUUAAGUAACCAAAGUGUGAGAACAAGAGUGAUUCACCACAAACCCCUUGGCAUCAGUCCUCACCAGAAGGGAAAUGCUGCAUCUCCAAAUGUCAGCUGAACCUGUAAUUCCUUUAAUGCAGGCUACAGAA